GCGCAAGACUAGACGUGCUACUAUUGCCAUUGCUUGUUUACUGGGAAGGUUAAGUCUCGAGUCAGAGUCGUCAAGUCUGAGUUCUUGUUACUUUCGAGUUUCGAGACUUCAUUGACGUGACGUGAUGAGAUGACGAUGACGUUCUCUUUUGAUUUUGAAGGGGUCAAUGGAAAUUGUUGAUGCGCACUACGCACUACGCACACCGGGCACGCGUCUUCUUGUUAGUUGUUAAGACGCGGGUGGAAGUAUGGAACGGCGUCCAAAGCAAAAUUGGAUGUUUCCUCCUCGGUUCUCAUUUUUUUUUCCUUUCGUAUCUCCGAUUUCCAGACAUUGAGGUCAGCUGCUAAUGGAAUCCUGUAACCUCCAACUCAAAGUGGUCUCCUGCAGACAUCUGAAGGCCUUCAAUUUCUUCCAGAAGCUUUCCGUCUACGCUGUCGUCUCGAUCGUCAGCGAUGAAUCACAGCAAAAUCAACCACUUCAGCCGCAGAAGCAGAGAACACCAAUCGACAGAAAUGGAGACGGAAACCCCGAAUGGAAUCACGAGAUGGAAUUCGAUCUGAAACAUAUCUCCUUUCUUGAUUGCGAUCACGUCUUUAUCGAUUUUGAUUUGCGCUGCGACGGUAUCAUCUUCGGAGAUAAGAGCAUCGGAGAGGUUCGUGUCCCGUUCAAACAUCUGGUGGAUGAGUUUGAUGGAUCCGUUAGGUUCGCCAGUUAUCAGGUCCGGUCUGCCGAUGGAAAACCAAAUGGAGUUUUGAAUUUCUCUUAUAAACUGAAUGAUAAAGGGAAGAAGUAUCCGGCAAGCGAGAACGAGAACGGUGGCUUUCCGGUGCCGUCAGUUGAGGCUCACUAUCCAUCGCCUCACAUCAAUAACCUCGCACCGGCAAUUCAUUAUCCGUACCCGGACAUACAUUAUGUACCACCGCCGGCAACCGGAAUUUAUUAUCAGGCCCCAGCGGAGGUUUAUUAUCCGGUCCCAGCACCACCCCCGCCACCUCCUCCGAUUGCGCAAGUGGCAUAUUAUCCCCCUCCGCCGCUGACGUCGAUGGUAUAUCCAACGCCACCGGAGUGGAACAGAUUGGGAUCAGGUUACGGUGGGUACCACUACCAGGUGGCUGUGGGAGGGCAGUCAGGGACGGCCUUUACUGACACGUGGGGAGAGUAUUUACGAGACAAUGGAGAAAACGCAAGGAUGUUGAGGAAUGGUAGGUGAGGAGGUAAUUACGCCUGAGCGCUGAGGGACUUGGUUAUUGUUAUUCCUUCGUAGUUCGUAGCUUUGCUUUGGUUUUAUUUUUGUUAUUAUUAUGAUUAUAUACUUUUUUCUUUGUUUCUGAUAGAUACAGAUUUUUUAUAUGUAUGUUAAAUUGUUAAUGUAGCGAUGUUGGGGUUGGAGUUUGGUAUAGUUCGUCACAAUUCAUGUCUUUCA